AUGGCUGCGUCCGCAAAAGAGAGGUUUUCUCUCAUUAAUGAGAACCUCCAGGAGAUUCUCAAUCCUGAGUUGAUUGAGACUAUCCUCGAGAAGGGAGAUGCCCCGCGUAUCUAUUGGGGAACGGCAACCACUGGUCGACCUCAUUCCGGAUAUUUUGUCCCCGCAAUCAAAAUCGCCCAAUUACUCGCAGCCGGCUGUGAGGUGGUCAUUCUGCUUGCCGAUGUUCACGCGUUUUUGGACUCGAUGAAAGCGCCUCUUGAAUUGGUCGAAAACCGUGUCAAAUACUAUGAGAAGGUCAUUAGGGCAAUCCUCGAGGCUGUCGGUGUGUCGACAGAGAAGCUCGAGUUCGUUCUCGGAAGUUCCUACCAACGAAGCUCCGAAUAUGUCAUGGACGUCUACAGACUUGCAGCUUUGACGUCUGAACAUGACGCGAAAAAGGCCGGUGCUGAGAUUGUCAAGCAAUCUGCGAAUGCGCCAUUGAGUGGCCUUUUGUACCCAAUUCUUCAGGUCCUUGACGAAGAGUACCUCAAAGUUGACGCCGAACUCGGUGGAUUGGAUCAAAGAAAACUCUUCGUUGCUGCGACUGAGUGGCUACCCAAGCUCGGAUACCGAAAGCGCGCGCAUCUUGUCACACCUAUGGUAGCAGGUUUGAACGGAGGUAAAAUGAGCUCUAGUAUCGAAGACAGCAAAAUUGACCUCCUCGAUUCUCCCGAGGCCGUAGCCAAAAAGAUUCGCAAAUCCGAAGCCAUUCCCAAAGUCGUCGAAAACAACGGCAUAAUCGCCAUGAUAGAAUACGUCCUACUCCCCGCUGCAGCUCUUGCGGGCAAGAAGGAAUUCCGCGUUGAGCGCCGCGACGAAGAACCGUUGAUCUACACCGAUAUUCAACAAAUCAAAGACGACUACACAAAGGAUAUUUUAACCCCUCAACUCCUAAAACCUGCAGCAGCAGAGGCUCUAAUCCGUCUCAUGGAACCCAUUAACAAAGCCUACGAGGCCUCGCCUGAAUGGCAGGAAAUCAACCUUAAGGCUUACCCACCACCACCAAAAAAGGAGAAGAAGGUCAAGAAUAAAGGUACUCGUUACCCAGGAGCAAACGAGCAGACAGAACUCGCGGAGCGCCCGAAGGAGGAGGCAUAG